AUGGUCACAGAGCAUAUUCCACCCACCGCCGUCAUGACAGCCAUUCAGGACCUUAUCUGUGAGCAGGUGUUCCUCGUGUUGGCUCUUUCCACCUCCGCCCUCUGCGACGACCUCGGGGGCUUGCUUCACGGAAAAGGCAUCCACCAUGCUCCAGCUCACUACGCCUUCAACUACGGGGUUCAAGACGCCUACUUCGGCACCAACUUCGGCCACGCGGAGUCUCGCGACGGCUACAAGACGGAGGGCGUGUUCUACGUGCACCUCCCCGACGGCCGCCUCCAGACGGUCAAGUACUACGCGGACGAGCACGGCUUCCACCCCGAGGUCGCGUACUCGGGGGUCGCGCACCACGCCGCCGGUUACCACUAG